AUGGAAAUAUACUGGAUCUACCAGCAACUGCCAAUCGCGUUCUGCAUCUUCGCAUUCAUUGUCAACCCUAUAUUCAUAUUUCUGAUAUUCUCUGAAAGAUCUUCAGUGCUUGGCAAUUAUCGAUACCUUUUGUUAUACUUUGCGGUUUUCAAUUUGAUCUAUUCGGUGGCAAAUGUAUUGGUUCCACUGAUAACUAAAAAACUGAACGAAAUUUCAACACAAUCUAGUAAAAAAUCCGCAAAAUUCCAAUUCGAACUUCUUCGAGCGUUAGUUAUCCAAACAUUUAUUCCAAUUGUUGUUAGCUUUUUUCCAUGUCUACUUUGCUGGUUUACUCCAAUGUUUGGAAUCAAGUUAGCGAGGUUUCUGGAUUCUUUUAUCGUUCCAAUUUUGUAUCCAUCUUUUUCAGAGAAUUCAACUAUGUGGAGGUUAUUGCUCUCGGGUUGUUCGCCUUCGUGGACCCGAUCGCUAUUAUCUUGUCAUUUCUUGGCCACAAGAGUUGGUGACCUCGAAUAA